UGUGUUUGCAGUAACAGUCACGUGAUGAUCGUUCUCAAGAAAGCCACUUUUGGCUAGUCGGAUCGAUCAGGUCAGAUCAACACGUCCUGCGCGGCGGCCCAAUGGCCACUACCCUUCUGUCCUAUGUGGUCUUCCUCUCAGGGGACCCGAAGUGCCUCGCACCACACCUGAGUUGGGAGGGAGUUAUCUGAUUGCCCUCUAGAGCCCGAUCUGGCUUAGUUUCCUGACAUCUCCGUAUCUUUGGUCCAGACACGGAGACUGUUCGCGCGCCAAGACCAAGCUUCUUUGUUGGACUGGACAAAGAACUAGACCGUGGAAACGAACAGCAUAAAGAGGGGGAGAGAAUCUUCUAUUUCCAGCCGACACCUUGAACAUCAUACCACGUUUGUGCUCAAGUCCUCUAUUCCAAGAACAUGGAAACAAAACUCACCUCCGAAGCGUUGUCGCCAUCCCUUCCCCGAUCAGACUCGACCACGGCGGAGCCCUCUGCUCACGCUGAGCCGUUCGAAACGCUGACACCUGCUCAUCUAGAACAAGAUCCUACUGAUGUCGACUCUGCGUACGCCGAGAGUCCCGAAGAUGCGACCGAAAGCUUGUCGCUGUCAAUGCUUGAUUAUAGGUUUGAGCAUGGGCGACGCUACCAUGCUUGGCAUGAUGUCGCAUACUGGGGUCCAAACGAUGAGCAAGCUCAGAAACUACAAGAAAUAUCGCACCACAUGUAUUAUAUAACUUUUGACGAGCGUCUGUUUCUGGCACCGGUAAUUAACCCACAGGCGAUCCUCGAUGUAGGAACUGAGAUGUCGCCGAUGCGUUCCCAGCCGCUAGAGUUACUGGGUUGGAUCUUUCGCCCAUUCAACCCACAUUUGUCCCUCCGACCUGCUCGUUCGAAAUAGAUGACGUAACCAUGCCAUGGACGUAUGAUGCGGAACAAUUUGACUUGAUCUACGUCCGCGAGAUGUUCGGCUCGAUACCUGAUUGGGAUGCGUUUCUCCGNCUA